AUGGAAGGAGGCUGCAAGCCCAACUCGUCGUCCAGCAGCCGGGACGAUGGCAACAGCGUCUUCCCCGCCAAGCCGCCCGCGACGGGCGCGGGGUCGAGCGGGGCCGACAAGGGGCUGGGCAGCCCGGCGGGGGGCGGCGGCGGGCCGGGCGCCAAGGAGCUGGGCAACUCCGUGUGCUUCAAGGUGGACGGCGGCGGCGGCGAGGAGCCGGCCGGGGGCCUGGAGGACGCCGAGGGGCCCCGGCGGCAGUACGGCUUCAUGCAGAGGCAGUUCACCUCCAUGCUGCAGCCCGGCGUCAACAAAUUCUCCCUCCGCAUGUUCGGGAGCCAGAAGGCGGUGGAGAAGGAGCAGGAAAGGGUUAAAACUGCAGGCUUCUGGAUCAUCCACCCCUACAGCGACUUCAGGUUUUACUGGGAUUUAAUAAUGCUUAUAAUGAUGGUUGGCAAUCUGGUCAUCAUACCUGUUGGAAUCACGUUCUUCACAGAACAAACAACAACACCCUGGAUUAUUUUCAAUGUGGCCUCAGACACAGUGUUCCUCUUGGACCUGAUCAUGAAUUUUAGGACUGGGACUGUCAAUGAAGACAGCUCUGAAAUCAUCCUGGACCCUAAAGUGAUCAAGAUGAAUUAUUUAAAGAGCUGGUUUGUGGUGGACUUCAUCUCAUCAAUCCCAGUGGAUUAUAUCUUCCUCAUCGUAGAAAAGGGAAUGGAUUCAGAAGUUUACAAGACAGCCAGGGCACUUCGCAUCGUGAGGUUUACAAAAAUUCUCAGUCUCUUGCGUUUAUUACGACUUUCAAGAUUAAUUAGAUACAUACAUCAGUGGGAGGAGAUUUUCCACAUGACCUAUGACCUGGCCAGCGCGGUGGUGCGCAUCUUCAACCUCAUCGGCAUGAUGCUGCUGUUGUGCCACUGGGACGGCUGCCUGCAGUUCCUGGUGCCGCUGCUGCAGGACUUCCCCUCCGACUGCUGGGUGUCUCUCAACAAGAUGGUCAACGACUCCUGGGGGAAGCAGUAUUCCUAUGCGCUCUUCAAGGCCAUGAGCCACAUGCUGUGCAUCGGGUACGGCGCGCAGGCCCCGGUCAGCAUGUCGGACCUGUGGAUCACCAUGCUCAGCAUGAUCGUGGGCGCCACCUGCUACGCCAUGUUCGUGGGCCACGCCACGGCUCUGAUCCAGUCUCUGGAUUCCUCCCGGCGGCAGUAUCAAGAGAAGUAUAAGCAAGUGGAACAAUACAUGUCAUUCCACAAGUUGCCAGCUGAUAUGCGUCAGAAGAUUCAUGAUUACUAUGAACACAGAUACCAAGGCAAGAUCUUUGAUGAGGAAAAUAUUCUCAAUGAACUCAAUGAUCCUCUGAGAGAGGAGAUAGUCAACUUCAACUGUCGGAAACUCGUGGCCACGAUGCCUCUUUUUGCCAACGCUGACCCCAAUUUUGUGACUGCCAUGCUGAGCAAGUUGAGAUUUGAGGUGUUUCAACCUGGAGAUUACAUCAUACGAGAAGGAGCUGUGGGUAAAAAAAUGUACUUCAUUCAGCAUGGCGUUGCGGGAGUCAUCACAAAGUCCAGUAAAGAGAUGAAGCUGACGGACGGCUCGUACUUCGGAGAGAUUUGCCUGCUGACCAAGGGACGCCGCACUGCCAGUGUUCGAGCUGACACGUACUGUCGUCUUUAUUCACUUUCUGUGGACAACUUCAACGAGGUCCUGGAGGAAUAUCCCAUGAUGAGAAGAGCCUUUGAGACCGUGGCCAUUGACCGACUAGAUCGGAUAGGCAAGAAAAACUCAAUUCUCCUGCAAAAGUUCCAGAAGGAUCUUAACACUGGUGUUUUCAACAACCAGGAGAACGAGAUCCUGAAGCAGAUCGUGAAGCACGACCGGGAGAUGGUGCAGGCCAUCGCGCCUCCUCCGCUGGGCUACCCGCAGACGCCGGGACCCCCGAACAACGCCGCGCCCGCCUCCCGCCUGCGGACCCAGUCGCCGCCCAUGUACCCCGCGACCAGCCGGCCCCCUAGCAGCCUGCACUCCCCGAGCCCGGGCGCGCAGCCCCCGCAGCCCGCCGCCGUCCUCUCGCCCUGCUCCUACACCGCGGCCGUCUGCAGCCCGCCCGUCCAGAGCCCGCUGGCCGCCGCCCGGACUUUCCACUACGCCUCCCCGACGGCGCCCCAGCUGUCCCUGGUGCACCAGCCGGCCCCGGCCCCGCAGCCCCAGCCUCUGCAGCAGCCCCCGCAGCAGCCCCCGCAGCCCCUGCAGCCCAGCGGCAGCUCCACGCCCAAAGCCGACGUGCACAAGAGCACGCAGGCCCUGCACAACGCCAGCCUGAGCCGGGAGGUCAGGCCCCUCUCGGCCUCGCAGCCCUCGCUGCCCCACGAGGCGUCGUCCACCCCGAUUUCCAGACCGCACCCCACCGUGGGGGAGUCCCUGGCCUCCAUCCCCCAGUCCGCGCCUGCCGUCCACCCUGGCGGGAGCCUGCAGGCAGCGGGCAGGGGCACCGUCCCCCAGAGGGUCACCCUGUUCCGACAGAUGUCCUCCGGAGCCAUCCCGCCGCCCCGAGGGGUCCCGCCCGCACCCCCUCCGCCAGCGGCGGCCCCGCUUCCGAAAGAGCCUUCCUCAGUCUUAAAAACAGAGCCAGAGGCCGAAAAGCCACGGUUUUCUUCGAAUUUAUGA